UACUUGCUCAGCGUCGCUCGCAUCGCGGAGAUAAGUCCACAGUCUUCAAGAUGGUUUUUAAGACUAUUCUGAUCUUGCUCCUUGUGGCCGUCGCGGUGGUUUCUUCCUCGCAGCUCCCGGGCUACCAUAGCGAACCACAGACUCCUGCCAACUACGAGUUCCAGUACGCUGUGAGAGACGGCAACGACUACGGCCACCAUGAAACCCGCGACGGAGACUACACCCAAGGCUCCUACACCGUGCAGCUCCCCGACGGUCGUAUACAGAGGGUCACCUACACAGUCGACGGUGAUUCUGGCUUCGUGGCUAAAGUUACCUACGAGGGCGAGGCUCAGUACCCAGCCUAUGCUUAGGAAUGCUUUCUCAACAUUGCUUUUGUUUAUUGGCCAAAAUGCCUUUUGAGUUAUGUCGUGUUAUGAAAACUGUUUCGGAUGUUCCUUUUUUCCUCAGGUCACAUACUU